UGCGUAGCACACACCUCGAAAACGAAGUUGUGACCGAAAAACCUUUGGUAAAUAGAAUCCAAAGGACUUACAUGACCGUGAUACUGAAUCCUUUCGAAAAAUUUCGAAUAAGCAAAACGUACGCUUUGGCUACUUAAGCAGUAAGACUCCAUUCAAGAACGAACAUCGAAGAUUUUCUGGCAGAAACCAGCGCGUUGUUAUGAUUUUUACCACGUCGAAGAAGUAAAAACAUAUCAACUCUUACAAACCAAACUUCACCUAGCACACCAAUCACGGAGAGCAUUCUAAAAGAACACAGAACAUUUCCCAAUCGCUUUUCUCAUUUCCAAAAUGGCCACUAUCAACAUUAGACGCGAUGUUAAGGAUAGCUUUUAUCGCUACCGCAUGCCUCGUCUGCAGUCAAAAAUCGAGGGCAAGGGCAACGGUAUUAAGACGGUCAUUCCGAACAUGUCUGACAUUGCUAAGGCACUCGGUCGCCCUCCCUUGUACGUGACCAAGUUCUUUGGUUUUGAGCUCGGUGCCCAGACCACCAUUAUUGCUGACAUGGACCGCUACAUUGUGAACGGUGCCCAUGACGCCAAUAAGCUCCAGGAUCUGUUGGACGUGUUUAUCAAGCGUUUUGUCCUUUGCAAGUCGUGCCAGAACCCUGAGACGGAGCUUAGCAUCAACAAGGACCAGACUAUCUCCUACGACUGCAAGGCGUGCGGCUACCAUGGUGAAAUUGACGGCCGCCACAAGCUGACGGGUGUAAUUGUGAAGAACCCUCCUCCUAAGAAGAAGAAGUCGAAGAAGCAUAAGCAGGCAGAGGAAGCUGAGGCCGAGGCGGAUGCUUCUGAUGACGAGUUUACGCGCCGUAUCCAGGCUGAGGCUGCUCAAUUGCCCUCUGCCGAUACGGUUGUCGAAGAGGAAUGGGCCGUCGACACAAGUGAAGAAGCCGUGCGCGCUCGCGUGCAACAACUGGAAGGAAAGCUUCGUGAUUCUCUGGUGCUGAGACCAGAUGAAGACGGUGAUGGUGACAGUGAUAGUCCCUACUCGUCUUUGGGUGAUUGGAUCGAUGAAAACUAUGGUCGUGUCUCGGAUGUCGAAAUCUAUAAAAAGAUUAAGGAGCUGGGUAUCAGCCGCAAGAGCAAGACUGUUGCUGUUGUUGUUCAAUGUCUACUCAAGGAACCUUUUGUCGGACAAUUUGAGAAGCACAGUGCUUUGUUCCACAAGCUCUGUACCUCUGACAAGCACCAACGCUCUCUUCUUGGCGGAUUCGAGCGCGUUAUGGCUGCUGAUGAGCUUGAGCACUUGUCUACUUUGCCCAAGGUCUUUUUGGAAUUGUACCAAAACGACCUUGUGUCUGAGGGUGCCUUUGAAAAAUGGGGAGCCAAGGCUAGCAAGAAGUACGUUGAUCGUGAAACGAGCAAGAAAUUGCGCGAGGCCGCUCAACCCUUCUUGGCCUGGCUUCAAGAGGCUAGUGAUGAGUCUUCUGGGGACGAGGAUGAAGACGACGAUGACGAGGAAAGCGAAGACUGAGCUUAUCUCUAGUAUAUAUUUUUCUGGUCGCAAGGCGAUCGUUACUGUUGAUCCAUGUGUAUGGAAACGGUUUUUAUGCAGCAGUCUUCUGAUUUUUCUUUUCGUCCGUUGCUUUUCUUCUCUCUUUUUAUGUAACUAGCAAAAAUGUAAUUUAAUGCUACAAAGCUACACUGUGGUGAGGAUAAGUAACUAGUCUUUUAAUGAUAGUGCUGCGGUUUUUAAACGUCCUUAACGGGAGGACCACGUUUGAAGGGACAAUGGA